UUGGACGAUCAGUUGGACGAUCAGUUGGUCGAUCAGUUGGACGAUCAGUUGGUCGAUCAGUUGGUCGACCAGUUGGACGAUCAGUUGGUCAACCAGUUGGACGAUCAGUUGGACGACCAGUUGGACGAUCAGUUGGUCGAUCAGUUGGUCGACCAGUUGGACGAUCAGUUGGACGAUCAGUUGGACGAUCAGUUGGUCGAUCAGUUGGACGAUCAGUUGGACGAUCAGUUGGUCGACCAGUUGGACGAUCAGUUGGUCGACCAGUUGGACGAUCAGUUGGACGAUCAGUUGGGUCGAUCAGUUGAUUGA